GGCCCAAUGAAACAUCGCGAUCACGAGUUUUGAGGAUUCGUUCUAAUUGGACACAAUAUUUCAUUGCAUAAAUAAGUCAAGUAUCAUUUCCGAUUCCCCAUACCCCAUUCCCAUACACUUUCCUACUCUCAUAAUCCACGAUAAAAAAACUUUAUAAAGACCUACCAUAUUGCUGUAAUUUUUGCAGGGAAAAAGUCACAUCGUUUGAUAGACAGAUAAGAAUGAAUCAGGCUUGCGACGAUUUGAAGCUAUUUUCGAAGUGCUGCAGGAUGGAACCCUCUCAUUUGUUCGCCAACGAGUCAUGAUGGUGUGGUGAUGUUGCAUUUUGCUGACAUGAACCGGGUCUCUGGGUCUACAGCCUCGAGUAUUGGGCCGCAAAGUUGCCUACCAAUUUGAAGAAGUGAGAUUUUCACGAUGCCCUCAUUUCUGUUUUGUAUAUAUCGAGUAUCUGAAUAUCGUCAUGGAGCCUGAUCUUGAAGCUACUGCGGAAGCCCCUCGCGCAAAUCCAGCAGUGCGUUUCUUACAACAACUUGAUAAUACUGCCAAAGAUAAUGAGCGUGAGGCUGUAAUAAGCUCGCAAUCUGUUCAGUCUGGGGGGAUUCGCCGUCGCAAUACUGACCAGUAUGCUGGUGCUGUAAGAGAGAGCACAAAAUCCUCAGUUGACACGGAGAGAACCUUGACCCAGGAGAGAUUGAGGAAAGAUAAUGAUAAGCCUAGCCACAAGGAGUUGAUGGAGAAUUUGAAGAAAGACUAUAUCUGGGAGGAUUUCGAAACUGGUAUUCCGAAACUUGCACGUUUUCUAGCAACCCAUAAAGACUUCGCGAUUUUCCGUGCAUUCCACGAAAACCAUAUCCGUAUCUUGAUUUAUAAAGAAAUUGAACUAACAGACAUUGCACGAGAACUUCGGAGAAGAGACAAUAAGGACCUUGCAGCAUUGAAUACAGCGGCGUUUUAUCGAUUGAAGGGACACUUGCAUGAGCAAGAGAGCGAAGGAGUUAUAUCCGAAGAUAAUGAGAGCCAGUAUGAUACAUGGACCAAAGAUACACUCAUGUCUCUGUUGGAAACCAAGCAAAUGCAAUAUGAUAAGACAUUACUGGUAUAUGCCAAAAUAAACGCUCUCUACCGCCCCCCAAAACGUAUUUACGAUUCAGUUUUCCAUUGGAUAUUGAAUAACAGGCCCCUCGGUGUUAAACGUCUCAACGGUAAUGAGGCAGAGGAAUUCAUCUAUCAUCAUAAUGAUUUCAUCUCUUUAGACAAUAAAGAGAGAGACAACCCUUUCAAAGAAGUGCUUAGCAGUCAUCUUUUCAAGUAUCCUGGAUCACCUCUCAAGCAAUUCCUCAAGAUAAAGGGCGAUGACCAAACAUCAUAUUACGAUGAAGGAUUGCAGUCGGGCUUGGCUCAAAUUCUGUCGCUCAUUGUCCUAACCAGCAUGCUCAUUGCUCCUAUUUGUCUCUUGUUCUUGCUUGAUCUCUCUCGUGGACUCAUGGUAUUGGUGGUAUUAGUCUUCACUAUCUUGGUAUAUAUAGUUGUGACUCUUGGAACGCCGGCCAGCCAGUUUGAAGCAUUCGUAGCGACAGUUGCAUAUUGUGCCUUUCUAGUACAGUUUUUGGGGAAUCUUGGACGUGGGGAUUAGUGUUAUUGGAACACAGAAAGAUUCAUGACUGGAGCUGUUGUACAAGAGACGAAGGGAGAAUUUCGAUGGUCUUACUUUCUUUCUUUAUCCAUGUAUUCACUCAGCUCGCAGGCUGAUUUCGGUGAUGAAGAAGUGUAUAUGUGAAUUAGUCGCUCGUUUUUGCAAUUGUAUCUCAAGUUCAUAGUAGUAGACGAUUUCAUAAUUUUGCAUGUCGAAAACGAUUUUCAAGAAUGAGGUGUUUCUGAGAGGUUCAUGAGGUCGUACGCAUUAGGUUCGGCUGCGAGUGAUUCAUCAACCAUCUCGGCUCGGAUUUCAUCUCCCAGGAAACCGCCACUACAUACCGUAAUUCGCUGGCAUAUUAAUAUGAUAUCCGGUCGGGAUCAGUGAGAACCUUAACUAGUGCUUAGUUCCACCCUUGUAUGGUCGAUCUAAAAGUACAGUCACCGAAUUAUCCUAGCAUGGGAACAUGACA